AUGUCAGCUGACACAGCUACAGUAGCUAAAAGUACCGCUGCUCCCGUUGUCGGUUCUCAACCCUCUGUUCAACGAUGGGAGCGUGAUUUUUCUCAAACAAAAACAGAUGAUAUUCUAUUCGAUUAUAUUGUCGUUGGUUCAGGAAGCGCUGGAUCGGUGUUGGCUAAUCGCCUGAGUGAAAACAAUGAGAAACAAGUGCUGUUAAUUGAAGCAGGCGGAGUUGAUACCAAGGAUGAAAUACACAUGCCAAUUGCAUGCGGUAAUUGUCAACGAAAUGAAAUCGACUGGCAAUUUAAAACCGUUCCCCAAACCCAUUCUCACUUGGGUACUAUUAAUCAGCAAGGUAAUUGGCCCCGAGGUAAAGUCUUGGGUGGUUGUUCGUCAAUAAAUUAUAUGCAAUAUGUUCGUGGUGAGCCAAAUGAUUACGACAGCUGGCAGCUGCCUGGUUGGACAUUCCAAGAUAUGUUACCUUAUUUUAAAAAACUGGAACGAGCUGAUGAAAAUACUAUACCCAGAAGUUCAUUUCGAAAUCAUGGUGAUGAAUCUAAAGGAAUGAUGGAUGUGUCAAAGAUGAAAGAUUUUAACCAAACGAGUCAAAUGUUUAUUAAAGCUUGUACGAAAAAUGGCAUGGUAGAAAGUAAAGAUUAUAAUGCAGAGAAGAAUUUGACUGGAUGUGUGAGCUUCUCACAGGUAUCAACACAGAAUGGAAAACGAUGGUCUGUUGCAUCUGGGUAUCUAUUAUCGGCAGUGAAACGACCGAAUUUACAUAUACUCAUACAUGCACACACAUGUCGGGUUACAUUUGAUGAUCAGAAACAGGCUAAUGGUGUAAUCAUUAAACGAGAUAAUUCAGAAAAGGAAGAACAUAUUAAAGGCAAGGAAAUCAUUUUAUCAGCUGGUACCGUAGGUAGUGCACAGAUUUUGCUGUUAUCUGGAAUCGGACCAAGAGAAGAACUGGAAAAACACAAUAUUCCAGUGAUUGUCGAUCUACAAGGAGUUGGGAAAAAUUUACAAGACCAUUUAAUGACACCAUUGUUUUAUCUUUGUACGAUACCGACAUUGUCCUUUGAAGAUUUGAAUGAUAAAAAUCUAAAACUAUGGGCAGAACAAGGUCGUGGCUCAUUGGCUUCAUGUGUGGUUGAAGCUCAGGGAUGGUGUCAAGUUGGAGAAAAAAAGUCAGGAGGUAAGCAAGGACGAUUGGGAUUGAACGGAAGGACUGCUCAUACACUGGGUUGGGAACCGUGGUUCCGAAAUACCAAUACCAAUCAAUCACCUGAUAUUCAAAUUCAUUUUUGUCCGUUAAGUGCUGACGAAGAUUUAUUGAAAAAUUUCAAUUAUAAACCGGAAAUAUACCAGCAACAUGUUAAAAAAUACAUGAAAAUUUAUCCAAAAACGGGAGGUCAAUAUUGGCUGACUGUUUGCAUCCCCACACUUCUCCAUCCAAAAUCGCAUGGUGAAAUAACACUGGCGAGCAAUGACCCAUUCCAACAUCCUUUAAUCGAUCCAAAGUAUUUAACCGAACAAGAAGAUGUUGAAACGCUGGUUGGGGGGUGUAAACUUGUCGAAAAAAUAUAUCAGACAGAACCAUUGAAAUCUGUUAGCGAAUCAUCACUCAUUCGUGAAAUGAAUGAAAUAGAUGUUGAGAUAGAUCAAAAUGAAAGAUGGGACUCAUAUAUACGAAAAUUUAGUGUCACUGUCUAUCAUCCAGUUGGAACAUGUAAAAUGGGCAGUGAACAAGAUUCGACAACAGUUGUAACGCCAGACACACGUGUUAAAGGUGUCCAAGGUUUGAGAGUUGUUGAUGCAAGUAUCUUACCAAAGAUAAUAUCUGGAAAUACGAAUAUACCAGUCAUAGCCAUGGCUGAGCGCGCUGCUGAUUUAAUUAAAAAUGGAAGUAAACAGCUCUAA